AUGCAUGCCGUGGUGUUGAAUUCGUCGCCUUACACCAGAGCCCCGCAACCCCUUGAAACUCCUUCUUCUUCUCGUGCUUUCAAGAUCUCGAGGCCAUUCCUUAGCCAUGUUUCACCCUCAAGAGAGCGCACCCCUCUCUGGCGGAAAUCGUGUCGCUCCUUUCGAAUUCGAUUGCCUACAAACUCACGCAGGCCAGUUAUGAGAGCGGUUGCAACUUCCAAUUCGGCACUGGAAUUGCCACUGACUGCCGAGAAUGUUGAGAGUGUGUUGGAUGAGGUUCGACCAUAUCUUAUUGCAGAUGGUGGAAAUGUGGCAUUACAUGAAAUAGACGGAAAUGUUGUACGGUUGAAGCUACAAGGAGCGUGCGGCUCAUGUCCAAGUUCUGUUAUGACUAUGAAGAUGGGAAUCGAACGACGUUUGAUGGAGAAGAUCCCAGAAAUAGUUGCAGUGGAACCAAUAGCAGACGAAGAAACUGGACUGGAGCUCAAUGAGGACAAUAUAGAGAAGGUACUUGAGGAGAUAAGACCUUACCUUGUUGGGGCAGCCGGGGGAUCUCUUGAACUUGUGGGUAUCGAGGAGCCAAUAGUUAAAGUUAGGAUCACAGGGCCAGCCGCUGGGGUCAUGACAGUUCGUGUGGCUGUUACACAGAAAUUGCGAGAGAAGAUACCAGCAAUAGCGGCAGUUCAACUUUUGUCAUAAUGUUAUGCUUUAAUUUAAUAACUUGCAAGCAUAAUGAAUUUGUGAUGCACCACACCAUUUCUUGGAGAGAUUGUGUAUAGUUUUUCGUUACUCAGUUUGCUUAAUAAUAGGUUCUCUUACAAUUUGUAUAUGGUUUAUGGUUGAAUUGUUGCUGUUAUAAGAUAAUCUCAUGCAAGAAGGUAGCCUCGUGAACAAUUUCUAAAUUA